GCGUUCAUUUCAUUCUUGCCCUCAUUCCGCGCAUACUUCGCAUCGUUGUUAGAUACGCGGAAUAGUCGCGCUCUCGCGCUCCGACGAGAAGAAAAAAAGUGCUCAGCUGGAAAUAAACCAGAGCGUGCGCUCGCUCCGAUAGGACACGUUUAAAAGACUUGAGACUGUGCAAACAUCCGCAGAGAUUUCCAUCACUUGUGGAGGUUCAGAAAACACUUUUUCCUUCGGUCCGUGCCAGCCAGUUCACCACAGUCGUUGUAACAGUCAGUGGAAACACCAGAACAACAGCUUAGGGAGAGUCAGAGUGAAAUCAGCCACUAAAUGAGUCAGUUCCUGACACAAACGCAAAGCUCAUAGUUCCAGUUAAACACCUCCCUUACAGCAUUAAUCAGAGGUCAGUGUGCCUAGAGUUCUCCAGGCUCGGGCUCUGAGAUCCCAGCUGUUGCCAUGGAUCCCAGCAGCUGGAGCGGCAGUGAAAGUGCCGGCGAGGACAUCGAGAGGAUGAGCGACUCGGCCGAUAAGCCCAUGGACAACGAUGCUGAGGGCGUGUGGAGCCCUGACAUUGAGCAGAGCUUCCAAGAGGCCCUGGCCAUCUACCCACCCUGCGGCCGACGGAAAAUCAUCCUGUCCGAUGAGGGGAAAAUGUAUGGUCGUAAUGAAUUGAUCGCCAGAUACAUCAAACUCAGAACGGGAAAGACACGGACGAGAAAACAGGUCUCCAGUCAUAUCCAGGUUCUUGCUCGGAGGAAAUCCAGAGAAUUUCACUCCAAGCUAAAGGACCAGACUGUGAAGAAUGAUGCGAUCAACAGGAUGGCGGCCAUGUCUUCAGCGCAGAUCGUCGCGACCACGGCCAUCCACAGCCGGCUGGGGCUCGCAGGACUCUCUCGACCCACCUUGCCUGGGGCAACAGGGAUUUGGCAAGUGUCAACAGGGCAGCCUGGUUCCUCACAAGAUGUGAAGCCAUUCGCACAGCAGAAUUACCCCAUCCAGACGGCCACAGCCAUCGCAGCUUACGAGUCCCCCACAGCCCUGGCAGCCGCAGUGCCGGCGUGGCACGGCCGCUCCAUCAGCACCUCUAAACUACGACUGGUGGAGUUCUCCUCCUUCCUGGAGCAUCAGCGGGACCCAGAUUCAUACAACAAGCAUCUGUUUGUGCACAUCGGCCAGACGAAUCAUUCGUACAACGACGCGCUCCUGGAGACAGUGGACAUACGUCAAAUCUACGACAAAUUUCCUGAGAAGAAGGGCGGGCUGAAGGAGCUGUUUGGAAAAGGACCUCAGAACGCCUUCUUCCUGGUCAAGUUCUGGGCCGACCUCAACUGUAACAUCCUGGAGGAUUCUGGGGCAUUUUACGGCGUAACCAGUCACUACGAGAGCUCAGAGAACAUGACCAUUACCUGCUCCACAAAGGUCUGCUCCUUCGGGAAACAAGUGGUCGAAAAAGUUGAGACGGAGUAUGCGCGGUUUGAGAACGGCCGCUUUGUGUACAAGAUCAACCGGUCUCCCAUGUGUGAAUACAUGAUCAACUUUAUCCAUAAGCUCAAGCACCUGCCUGAGAAAUACAUGAUGAACAGCGUACUAGAAAACUUCACCAUCCUAUUGGUGGUGACGAACAGGGAGACUCAAGAGACCCUACUGUGCAUAGCCUGUGUGUUCGAGGUCUCCAACAGCGAGCACGGCGCUCAGCAUCACAUCUACAGACUGGUCAAAGACUGAAGCUCCUCGACUCACACCAGUAACACUACGAGCAGACAGCCAGCGACACACACAGAACAGUGGAGACUUUAUAUUCACUGAGGCUUUUAUGCUGCACAGCUGAUGACCGCCAAGGGCAGCAAAGCCUAACGGACUAAGAAAAGCCUUUGAAUGACUCACGAGCUCGAUUUAAGUGGCUGUGCCUCUGUCAGUCCCACCCAGAAGGCUUUUGUCACGUUUUGGGUGAGGUCUGGAAUGGAUAAUUACAUUAUAAUUAGUGUAUCUCUUGUGUUUUGGUGUUUAUUUUUCAUUAACCUGUCAUGUUGGUACGGUUUUGUUACUUUGUUCAGAUGUCUGUUUAACUUGGUUGAUGUUUUAAACCAACAUUAAUGUGUUUUUGAAAGAACAUUGCUUAUAUAAAAACGUAUUGUCAUAGUACAUGAAAGCUUUUUGCUGUUUUUAUUAUACUGUUUUUAACCUUUUAUUCUCACACUGAACUACAUUUCAAAGACUUUGCCCCUGGUAUUUUUUGACCUUUAGUGGAUUUAACGUUAAUGAAAGAGCAUAAAAAGGUACUGUAUUAUUUAUGUGGAACUACCUGCCUUACAAUGCACACGGGCUGUUCCAGCGUGACCUACAGUUAUGUACAGUAAACACUAAGAAACAGAUAAUUUUCUUAUAGGAAACGUUAAAAAAAGCAACAAAAUUCAACCCUUUAAUCAGUUAUUCAUUUGUGAAUUUUCUUUGCAUUUAAAGCUGAAGUAUCCUAGCCAAGCUUAAUAUGCAGACUCGCCUAAACUCUCACUCGACCAGUGGUGUGAGUUGGGGGCGGGGCUACCUGUCGUAUUUAUUUUUGAAAUUCCAUUAGGUGGCGCAAAAGUGACGACCUUCAGCUUUAAGAAACGAAUGCGUUAUUUCUGCUCAUAUCAGAACAGGCUACACAAGAAAGGGAAUUUACAUAGCAAAAUCACCAAAGCACAUCGUGCCUUAGUGUUUAUCAUCGCAGACGUCGUCUAGUUGUGAGUAAAAGUGGGCUUUAUAACCUCACAUGAAGUAUGUAUUUUGUCUCACUUUUUUUUUGUCUAUCCAGUCUAAGCAAAGUAGGUCACAUCUCUCUCUUGUGCACCAAAUAAACACAUUUUAUCACUUCUGUUCACGGCAAGUGAAAGCUACAGGUGUUCAAAGUGCCUUGUGUGUGUUUUUCCAACUCAGAAAAUUGACACCAAAAAACAAAGCGAGUCAAAUUUGGAUUCUAUCACCAUAAUGCCUUUGACAUUUUAAAAGCGGGGAGAAAAAUAAUUACAACUGAUAGAAAAGUGUUACUGCUCUCUCAUUUUGAUGGAAGGAUAUUUUAAUUUAGUAGGAAUCAGGAAUUUCUUAUCCAUCAUAGCGGAAGGGCGAUACGAGUUCAUGAACACAAAGGCAUCACGUGACUUUAAUUAGACAGUCCAGCCUCAUUAGGCUACUCUGGAUAAAAUGACUCCUGAAUCUGAAUCAAACUGUCGAGCUCAGUCUUAUUUAACAUACAAGAUUGUGUUUUGUUUGUUGUUUUUUUGUCAGCCAUGUUUUACACGUACAGAGUAUCUGUUAGUAAAAAAGAGCAUUAAAAGAGAACACUAAUGUAUUUGAUGCAGUUCUUGUCUGUUUUCACUAAGAACACUUUGUCUGGGGCGCACUGAAACGUUGAGUUUGGUAGCUUUUUUUUAAUAGGUGGACUCAUGUCAGAUAAUUGUUUUCAGUUGUGUAUAUUUUCCUUGAGGGGAUGAAAAUGAAAAAAUAAACUUUUAGUGUUUGUACUGCAAA